UGCCACACCACAGAAAAACACACAGCACUUGCAUUUAAUAGAAAUGGCAGCCUCAUGGUUCCAAGUGGCGGCGGCAAUGGCGGUGUUGGCGGCUUGUGCUUUCCCGACGACAGUCGAGUGUCGUAUUCGUAAUUACAAGUUUAAUGUGGUAAUGACCAAUACCACAAAACUUUGUAAAAGUAAGCAAAUUGUGACGGUUAAUGGUCGUUUCCCAGGUCCCACAAUAGUUGCUAGGGAGGAUGACAUCGUAACAAUCAAAGUGGUCAACCAUGUUAAAUAUAAUGUCAGCAUUCACUGGCAUGGGGUACGACAACUAAGAACCGGAUGGGCUGAUGGUCCUGCAUACAUAACACAAUGCCCCAUCCAACCAGGAGGAACCUAUGUGUAUAAUUUCACAUUAACGGGUCAAAGAGGUACCCUUUGGUGGCACGCACACGUGUUAUGGUUAAGAGCCACAGUUCAUGGUGCCAUUGUCAUCUUGCCAAAGCUUGGAGUUCCAUACCCUUUCCUAAAACCCAAUAAAGAAGUUGUGGUUGUCCUAGGAGAAUGGUGGAAGUCAGAUACCGAAGCUGUAAUAAAUCAAGCACAAAAAUUAGGGCAAGCCCCAAAUGUUUCUGAUGCUCACACUAUUAACGGGAAUCCUGGACCUAAUGCAAAUUGCUUAGCAAAUGGAGGGUUCAAGUUACACGUGGAUCAAGGAAAGACAUACAUGUUAAGAAUAGUCAAUGCUGCACUCAAUGAAGAGCUUUUCUUCAGGAUUGCAGACCAUAAACUCAAAGUUGUGGAGGUUGACGCAGUUUAUGUCAAACCAUUCACAACUGACACCAUUCUUAUAGCACCAGGUCAAACCACAAAUGCCAUUCUAACCGCCACUCAAAAAGCCGGAAAGUACUUGGUGGUGGUCGCCCCAUUCAUGGAUGCACCGAUUGCCGUGGACAAUUUUACCGCCACCGCCUCCCUCCAUUACUCUGGUACUGUCACCUCCACCACUACUAAACUCGUUGCUCCACCACCUCAAAAUUCAACUCCGGUUGCCAACACUUUUAUAAACUCUCUUAGAAGCUUGAAUUCCGCAACAUAUCCAGCUAAAGUCCCGUUGACAGUUGACCAUUCAUUGUUUUUCACAAUUGGGCUUGGAAUCAAUCCAUGCAAAACAUGUGUCAAUGGUAGCAGGGUUGUAGCAGACAUCAAUAAUAUCACAUUUGUCAUGCCAACAACAGCCCUUUUACAAGCACAUUACUUUAACAUAAGCGGGGUUUUUACAGACGAUUUUCCUAGUAAACCAUUGAUGCCCUAUAAUUAUACCGGCACACAACCAACAAACUUUGCCACGAACAAAGGUACAAAGCUAUAUCGACUUCCAUAUAAUGCUACGGUACAACUAGUUUUGCAAGACACUGGGAUGAUCGCCCCUGAAAGUCACCCAAUUCAUUUACACGGGUUCAACUUUUUUGUUGUGGGAAGGGGUAUAGGGAACUUUAAUCCAAAUAAAGAUCCAAAAAACUUUAAUCUUGUUGACCCUGUGGAAAGAAACACCGUUGGUGUCCCAGCGGGUGGAUGGACUGCUAUUAGAUUCAGGGCGGAUAAUCCAGGUGUAUGGUUUAUGCAUUGCCAUCUUGAAGUACACACAACAUGGGGACUCAAAAUGGCUUUUGUUGUUGACAAUGGAAAAGGGCCGAAUGAAUCUGUUAUCCCACCUCCAAGUGAUCUUCCAAAGUGUUGAGCCUGUCUUAUAAGGAGUUUAGAAGUCGACCGUUCUUUUAUCUAGCUCAUUAUGGGCUGCUUAGAGUGGAAUAAAUCAAGUCUAAAUCCUCUUGUUUCUUUGGGAAUUAAAGCCCAUUUAUUCCUUUAUUUGGUUUUGAAAUAUAUAUGUUGAUUUGUUUGAUUGUAAUUAUGUAUAAAUAUGAGAGUAAAUCUCAUGACGGCCUUUCAAUUACUAAUCCAUUCAUUAAUAAAUGCUCCACCUUCUGUUA